AUGGCUACUGGAACACGUCCAACCAAACCAACCGUGUUCGACCCGCAAAAACUAAAGGAAAAAGGAAAUCGUCGACCUGAAGGAUCGUCGAAUUCAACUUCAAGUGGUUCAUUACCAAAACGAUAUCAGAGUGUUUUUAUAGAAGGUACGCCACUAACUUCAUUCGGCGUGCGCAAUGACGACAAUCAAUUGCGUACACAUUCGCCCUCUAAUCAUAUUCAAACACAAUCUCAUCAGCGUCCACUUAAGCCUGUCAAAGAAUUUCUUACUACAAAUGCGCCAACCGAUCAGCGAUUCGAUCAUCGUUGGCCUUCGAAUUCUCAAACAAAUAAUCACGCACGAUCUCAAACCGAAACAACGGUACAAAACGUUAAUAUAGCUGUUUCGAAGUCAUUGAAGAAGUUACGUCAAGAUUCGCCAGUUCCAAUUUCCACGACUAACGGUCGGUCAUCUUCGUUAGAUCAUGUCCCAUACUUUUCUCGACCGUCGACAAGUCAAACAACGUCUCAUUCGCAUCAUGACGUUGGACCGACAUCGAAUUUCUAUUAUCAGACACCCGGCGGGAUCAGAGGUCCUCUUCCUGCUCAGCUGAUCACCAAACGACCGUCAACAUCACGUCUGUCUAAUAACCAACUUUCAUCUGACAGUAGUCCAACAAAUGGACAUCAACCCAUCAUAAUAGCGCCUGCCCAAAAUACAAUCAAAUCCAUCGAAACCGGCCAUACACGUGCACUGACGGCGAUACGUGUACCCGCUCAAAGUCUAGACGUCAAUUUACAACCAGUGGAUGGUUUUAAUUUCGAUAAUGUGAAUGUUGAUGAACAUCCGGAUAAAUCAAAAAAAUCGAAAGCCGGAUCAGAUUCAUCAACAGUUACACGGUCUGUAUCUCGAAAGCAAUCAAUCACAUCACGUAUACCAACUGUGGAAAGUCAACAUCGUUCACUACCAGAGGUCAGCAUUAAUCCACAUAUUCAGAGUGCAGUGCCGACAAAUGAUGAAUCAUUGACAAAUGGUCUACCAAAUGAACAAACUCGUCCGGAAAUUCACGAAAGUUACGCAAUUUCUAACACGAAUCUUGGAGAAAAAUACACAAAUCAUCAUCAUAUACAAGUGGAACCCAUUGGUACAUUCAAACGUCCGUCUUCCCCUGUAAAAAGUCAACAGGUGAUUGAUAUUCGUCCGAAUGUCGUUGUUCAACACCAACGAUCUACAUCCAAAUCUGAUUUUGAUGCCAAUAAUCGUUAUUCCUCUGCGAAACAUCCACUCAGCAAUGGUCACGUUGAACGAAAUCACAUCAAUGGCGAAUAUCAAAGCCAAGAAAACACUCCGACAAAUAACGAGACCGAAAUUUCUCCACCAUCACCAGUCACUCAAGAAUUAAAUCGCAUUUGGAAAAAGCAACGAAAUAGAUUUGUUAUUCGAUCUCCGGCCGGAUCUCUAUCACAUCGAAAAAGUUCAAAAACACACCGACCAUCGGGUCGACUGAAAAACUAUGACGACGAAUCCGAUUCCGAAACGACUGCAACUGAAACUCAGAGUCGAGAAGAAGAGCUGGUUCGUCGUCAUGGAGCGCCUCCCAGUGAUCUCGGUAGCGAUUUCUGGUCGGAUUUAACCAGCGAAUUUAGUGACACAAAAUUACGCAAACAUCCGAACAUUCGAACAUCGACACCGAAUAUAACUGCACGUAGUUCAAGUAUGAGUUCAAAAGAGAUUGGACAAAUACGAAGACAAUUGACUGAUCUUCAAGCAAUGUAUAAUGAUCUUCUUAAAUUACUUGAUGUGGAUGUUGAAUCUGUUCGUGGCAGUUUAAAAUCAAAUAUUUCUUCACAAAUCGAUCAUAACAAUCGAAGACAUCGAUUCCGAAAGAUCAUGCCAACACCAUCCCUGCGACAGUCGAAUAUCGAUAUGGGAGAAGUGAAUCAACGAUUUACUCGUCUUGAAUCAUCUGUAGUCACCUUAGCUGAAUCUAUCGCAAAACUCUCUGCUCAAAUUCAAAACCAGCGCACUGUCAAAGAUGAUGUGUUUCGCCUUCGUCAAGAAGUAUCCGAUCUUCGUCAACAAUUGUAUCAUCAUUAUUCUCGUCAACCAUCAGCAAUGCAAUCUGAUCCAACCUCGACGACACCUCAACAACCAUCCCGUUUACUUACUGCGAAUGUACAACGUCUUGCUACGAUUAACAGUAGCAAUCAUUUGAAUUACUCUUCGUCCUAUAUGCCCUCAACAUCAACGAUCCAACGAUCAAAUUCGGUGAUCGAUCCACGACAAGCACGAAAAAUUGAACAAUUUUUCGGUCCUGAAGCAAUGCUUCGUUAUUUCUUAAGUUUAUUGAAUUAUGAAGAAUAUGCUUCAUUACUCGAACGAGAAAAAAUUGGAUUCUAUGAAUUACCGUACAUCAGCGAAAAGAAAUUGCAAAGUCUAGGCAUUCCAUAUGGUCCAUGUGCUCGAAUUGUUUAUGAAGCACAACAAUAUUUCAUAUCUUUAUUGACAUUAAAAUCGAGUGGAAUUGAUGUAUAA